CUCCACAAAAUGUCAUUUUUGCUACAAAGGUUUCAUCUCACACGUCUUCUUUUUUGUAGUAGCUACCUUUUGAUCCUGGUUUCGUCUCGAGGGCAAAUUUAUAGUCCUCCAAAUGUCGAGCGGUUAACAGAACGUUUUCAUCCAACAUUCAUUGGAGAAAAGUUGUCAACUUAUUAUGGAGCUUCAAACAUUUAUACAAAAAGCAAUGGAUCAUAUACCGAUAUUAUUUUAGACAAAUCUUCAGGUUCUGGAUUGGUGUCAAAAGAUAGAUACCACCACGGAUUCUUUAGUGCUGCAAUUAAGUUGCCAAUGGGGAUAACUUCAGGAGUAGUACUAGCAUUCUAUAUGUCUAAUUCAGAUGUUUUUCCACACAACCAUGAUGAGAUUGACUUUGAAUUGCUCGGCCAUGAGAAGAGAAAGGAAUGGGUUCUUCAAACAAAUAUUUAUGGGAAUGGAAGUGUCAAAACAGGAAGAGAGGAAAAGUUUUCCCUUUGGUUUGAUCCUACUAAAGAGUUUCAUCAAUAUAGCAUGUUAUGGAACAUCCAUCACAUAGUGUUUCUCGUCGACAAUGUACCGAUAAGAGAAGUAAUUCACAACCAAGCCUCAUCUUCUAUAUAUCCAUCAAAGCCAAUGUCACUAUACGCAACCAUAUGGGACGGUUCAGACUGGGCCACACAUGGAGGGAAAUACCCCGUUAACUAUGCAUAUGCACCAUUCGUUGCAUCAUUUGGAGAACUCGAAAUGGAAGGUUGUGUGAUGUCAAAAACAAAUUCAUCAUCUAGUGACUUGUGCUCAAAGACAUCAACACUUUCAAGUGCGGACCCGGUUGAUGGAAAUGAAUAUACAACGCUAACGAGGCAGCAAGCCGUUGGUCUAAAUUGGGCUCGAACCAAAGUUAUGAUUUACUCUUAUUGCAAAGACAAAUCAAGAUACAAAGUUCUUCCACCAGAAUGCAAUGCUUAAUUAGUUACAGUUUACAAUCCAGUUGUUUGUUUUUGUUCAAGUAUAUACAAUAUGUUCUUGAUGGUUUGACCAUUAUACCCAUAGCUGGGAUGAUAUAUU